AUAUCAACUUUAUCAACUUGCAUCAUACAUAACCCCACUACCUAUUUCCACCCCCUUCAACCUUUGUUUGGAACAAUAACUUAUUCUAAGAAUCAUCUCAACACAUCUACCAUUGACUCAUAUCUUCUGUCCAUACCUUUGAUCCGCCAUCAUCAUUUAUAGAUACCUUCAAUCCUUCCUGCACAAUUCCAUCAAACUCAUCGCGCCGAGCCUCUACCAGAAUCUCCCGCGACAAUCGCAAAAAAAUUAAAGGCAAACAUUUUCCAGCAUAGAGUAAACCAUUUAUCUUCGAGUUUGGCGUCGCACAUCUAUCCUCUGCUUGAAGUCGCUAGGGAGGCUGCAGGUAGCCUCGACUUUGGACCCGUGAAUCGUUUGCUACGGCACCACAAUACAGCUGCACAAUUUCCACUUCUACAUAACAGCUCACACUUCGACCUUCACUUCCCCCUUCCAUCCACUUCUACAACGACACCUACACAUCUCGUAGAAGAUCACUUCCACGCCCAUCCCGCACACACACCUCAUCGAAUGUAUUCUCCUCAUAUGUCUUCCACCAAUCCCCGAAAAAGAGCUGCACCGGGAGCCUCGUCUGCUAUUCAAACACCGCAGAUGCAACAAACAUACAAUGCAGGUACCCAGCUACCCAGUGCCGAAUUCUUGCGCUGGAAUCAAAACUCUGAAUCUCAGAAUUUCGCAGAUCCAACCACGAGCAAUUAUAUGAAUAUGUUUGGAGCAAAUCCCGGUCUGCCGCAAACGACCACUGGUUUCGACCAUUCCCUUGCCGCGCAAACCCAUUCCACACAAUUGGCUCGUCGACCGAAUGUCAAUAACAAUCGCCAACUUGUUGCGCCGCGGACGUACGACGGUUCGGGUGAUGCUUGGGGAGCUUUUGACGAUUCGAUGAUGGAUUUACAGAAUGGGCAUGGGGUGAAUGGGGAAAAUGAUGAUAUUGAAGCGUUGGAGGAAAAGGCGGCUAUUGCGAAGAGAGAUGCUCAGUCAAAGAGAAAACAGAUCCCACCAUUUGUGCAGAAGCUAAGCAGCUUUCUUGACGAAUCCAAGAAUACGGAACUUAUACGAUGGUCUGAUCGAGGUGAUUCGUUUGUGGUGUUGGAUGAGGAUGAGUUUGCGAAAACGUUGAUUCCGGAAUUGUUUAAGCAUAAUAAUUAUGCCUCUUUCGUGCGACAACUCAACAUGUAUGGUUUCCACAAGAGAGUAGGACUUUCCGAUAAUUCGAUGAAGGCUAGUGAGAGGAAAAACAAGAGCCCGAGUGAAUAUUACAAUCCUUACUUCAAGCGUGGACAUCCAAAUCUUCUCUGGCUCAUUAAUAAACCGAAGGGUGGAACGAAUAAGAUUCGAAAGGAGGGAGGACCUAGGAGAGGGAAAGCUGAGGAGAUGGGAGAUGGAGAUAGUGAUGAUGAAGCAAGAGAUAUUGAAGAAUUUGGUCAAAAUAAUUAUACCAACAAUGCAGCCACCAAUCGAGCGAUAUCAGCCGCGCCAGAAUCUGGACCCUUACAACGACGAGAAAUUGCAGUUGUUCAGGGUCAGAUCUCUGACAUUCAAAAACAACAAAACACCAUCUCACAAGCGAUUGCACGUCUGAGAAAGGAUCAUAAUCAACUCUAUCAACAAGCUAUGGCUUUCCAAAAUCUUCACGAACGUCAUGAAAGUUCGAUCAAUGCUAUUCUCACAUUUCUUGCUACGGUCUACAACAGAAGUUUGGAUGGACAGGGAGCCGAAAAUAUUACUCGGAUGUUUCAAACUGGGUUAAAUCAACAAGGUCCACAUCAACAACAAGGCAAUGUUGUGGAUAUUGGUGACCUUGGAACUCCUCAGCAGCAACCAGCGGCUGGAAGUGUUAGUCCGGUUGUUCGCAAAACACAAAAGUUAUUGACAGCAGGACCACCGGAACGAGAAAGCAGUCGGGUUACUGAAGCUUCAACGGCUGCUUCGAGUCCAAGAAAUCAAUAUUCUACUCCACGUUCUGGAACAGUUGAAGAACUUUUCGAAUCUCCUAGUGAUAGUACGACAACGAAGACGGAACCGCAAAGAGAUAUGUUGAAUAUUAUUCAAAACGCCAACUCACAAAGUCGACCGGAGAAUAAUGUUAUGGACUUUCCGGAUAUGCUCACACAUUACGAAAACGCAAAUGGAAAUUCCCCGCUGACCUCGGAACAGCGCAGCAAUAUGCUUAAUAUCAUUGCUAGCACUUCGUCGGCUCCAGGUUCUAACAAUGCACUUGUGAGCCCGGCACCUCAAGCUCCUGAUCUAGCGCAAAUGGCCUAUACGCAAGCUGAGAUUGAAAACUUGAUGGGAUUACAACAACAGCAAAGUGAUCGUAUUGCAAGUCUUUCCGCAAAUCUUACGCCUCUCAGUCCUUCGGGUUCUAUUCCUGGUGUUCAAGGCGACUCGUAUUUCAAUGGUGCUGAAUCCAUUGACCCUCAGCAUUCACAUCUGGAUUUAGAUAAAUUUUUCGAUUCCCAGGCGUUUUAUAGUGGAGGGAGUCCGGGCAAUCCGAGUUUUAACUUUGAUGAUUUUGGUAAUGGAGUUGAUGGGAGUGGGUAUGGUGGUGGAGAAAGUCAUUUUGACGUUGGUAUGGAUGGUGUGAAUGAUGGGAGUGUGAAUGGUACCGGUUCGAGUGGGAAUGGAGCGAGUAGGAUUGUCGAGACGGUGGCGAGUAGUGAGUCGACGAGUCCGGCGGAUGAUGGGAUGGGAGAUGGCAAUGGGAAUUCGAAUGGAAAUAGUAAUGGGAAUGACAACGCGAGUAAUAAGCGGAGGCGGAAGAUUUGAGGAUGGAAGAUGGAGUGGGUGGGAGAUGGUACAAAAUGCGAAAAUUAUGGGAUAAGAUGUUAAGGCUGGUGUCAAGGGGCGUUUUUCUUUCCAUGGAAAUGGCUAUGGAAAUGGAGUGGUUUAGGUGGAAUGGAUGGGUGGAUACUCUGAGAGGAUUGAUAGUUGUGGAGGGAUAUUAUGUUGGUCGAUUUUUACCUCUUUAGACUUCCGGCUCGUGGAGUUUCUUUACAUGUUCUUUUCUGUUUAGUCUAUUUCUCUGUCGAGGUGAAAUGGAAUGAAUGGAUGGAGUGAUAGUACAUGAGAGAGGAGCAGGAACAGGAGCAGGAGCAGGAGCAAGGAAAAAAGAAAAAGGAAAGGGGAGAAAAUUUCAUGUUCAUGUUCAUAUUCAUAUUCAUAUCGUACUCUUGUGAAGAUUGAGGAUGGGGAUGUAUGUGUGUGGGUGGUGGAUAUUUGAAUUUGAACUAGGUAUGCUGAAGGGAAGAUGGGAUACUGAUGGUAUGCUAGUUAGUGGUGAUGUUGG